AAAAUAUUAUAAAGUUUGUGACAUUUAAGUAACUACAAAUCAUUUUAACGAGAAACAGAAUAUAUCUGUUAAUAAAAAGAAACAAAUAACAAUGAGCGACGUUGAAAAAGCUCCUGCAGAAGGCGGAGACGACAAGGACGCGGCCGCAACCGAAAAAUCCGAAGCUGCUGCAGAAGAAAAACCAUCCGCAGCAAAAGACACCGCCGAAGAAGAUGAUCAAGCACCGACACCAGCACCUCCACCGCCAACACCGACCAACGAGCCGGAAACGCCAGAAAUAAAAGACAAAGAGCCUGAAGAAAUGACGAGUAAAAUAGAAGUAUCGUUCAUAGACGUUAUGGAGGACUCGCAAGUAACGCUAAAUGUAGACAAGAAGAAAAAAUCGGAUAAAGAAGACGAGGAAGGCGAAGAUGAAGAGGGAGGAGACGAUGUCGAAAUAGAAGAGGCGGGAGUCGAAGCGGACGUUGAAGAUGAAUCCAGCUCUGACGAAAGCUCUGAGGAAAAGGAGGAAGAGGAAGGAAAGGCGGCUGAAGCAGGAGACAAGAAGCCUGUCGAUUUAAAACAACAAAAAAAGGAUGAAUUAUCGUCAUCAGAGGAAGAACCCGAAGUAGAAUCUUCCGAAGAAGAAAUAGAAGAAGUAGAUCAAUGGGAACUCGAUCAAUUACUUUCAGGACCCGUCUUGGCCCCAGAUAGCACCUUGCCAUUGAAUAUUAUGGAAUUUUACUAUUCCUUUGGGUUUAAUUGCAGAAAGAAAUAUAAUUUGGAAGUGUUGGAUGACACCACGCUAAUUUUCGCUUCUGGAAACUAUUUAAACUUUUUUAAUUUGGAAACCAGAGAAUUAACUUUUAGAAGAACAGCAUUGGGAGGUGGCGUUGGUCACAUAAAGAAAAAUCCGAAUCCAGAAUACAAACAUUUUUCAGUGGCAGAGUGCGGAAAGAGACCUAUUAUAAUUUUAUAUAAAUGGCCUGAUUUUAGUGUUGAUUGUAUUCUUAGAGGUGGAGCUAAAAGGCUCUACUCUUGCUUGGACUACAGUCCAGAUGGAGAACUAUUGGUUUCUCAAAGUGGAGAGCCCGAUUUCAUGUUGACUGUAUGGAAUUGGAAAAAACACACGAUAUUACUGAGAAACAAAUCUUACAUCAACGACGUUUACAAAGUUAUGUUUUCGCCUUAUCUCGCUGGACACAUAACAACCGCAGGUGUUGCUCAUAUUAAAUUCUGGAAAAUGGCGCAAACUUUUACCGGCUUGAAAUUACAAGGGGAACUAGGAAGGUUCGGAAAAACCGAGUAUUCCGAUAUUCUAGGUGUGAUGUCAAUGCCAGAUGAGAAGGUAAUAUCCGGCAGUGAUUGGGGCAACAUUUUGAUUUGGGACGGCGGUUUGAUAGCCUUGGAAGUUUUGAGAACAGGCAGAAGACCCUGUCACGACGGUCCCAUCGUUCAAUUCUACUUCGAAGAAGAGGAACUGUGGACGGUAUCGUUGGAUGGACACGUUAAAAUUUGGUGGUACGAAAAAAUAGACACUGCUGAUCCCUCCGACGAAGAUCCUACGAUUCUACUCGAUCCUUCUUAUGAUUUUUACACGCCUGGAAUGUCUUUAGUUUCUAUAGUAAGGCGAAGAGAAAACGAGAGCUUGUUUAUAGCGCAGGACGGCAACGGGGGCAUCUGGCAAAUUGAUCUUAAUACAGUGGAUACUCCAACGGAAUCCAUUCAAUACUAUAAAUGCCACGCCGGGAAAAUCGUCGAUAUUGCCCCGUGUUCGUUCGGGCCAUACUUGGCGAGUUUGGGAAAAGAAGGACAGAUAUUUAUCUACAAUUAUUUGACCAAGAAGUUUCUGUACAAUUACCAGUUUCCAUCGAAUGCACAUGCAAUGGUGUGGCCUUCAACAACGAUUAUCCCUUCAGGAGAUAUUAUAAUUGGCGGAUUUGCUGAUGGACAAGUGCGAGUGGUUUGUUUGUAUAUUCCUAACCUAUCAAAAGGAGGAAAUGAGAAUGAUAUAUCUAUAACAUUAACACAGGUAAUAAAAACUCACACGAAGCCUGUCACAGCAGUGACCAUUAACGCUACAGGAAAUAUCGUUGUAAGCGGAAGCGACGACGCCACCAUUUUCAUAUACAAAGUGAACAACAAGGAACUAAACAACUUUCUGAUUCCCAUUGGUUUCCUGCCUGCUCCUGACUCUAUUACUUACAUGACCUGGAAUCCCAAAGAGGUAACUACAAUAUUAGUUGGAUGUAUACAAGGACAAAUGAUGGAAGUCUUGCUACCGAUCGACAUCGAAGAAGACACCUUCGUGAGUUACGAGUUGAAGAAACCGCAGCCAAAAUAUCUGAACUUCCUGUCCUAUAAAUCUCAAAUUAAAAGAGAUAUUCACUUAGGGAAAGUGGCCAGACACAAGGAAAGGAAGAGGCAACGAAAAUUACUGGAAAUGGUAAAAUUGCAGGCUGAAAAUCCGGGGAUGGAAAUUGAUGAGGACCUCUUUUUGGCUGAUUCUUCGGAUGAGGAAGAUUUGGAACCAUUGUAUAUUCCUCCUAAGCAAAGAAUUUUCUGGCUGCAAUAUACAGAUGACGAUACAAUUUGGGUUUCGAUGAGUGGGUACGAUGCCGGAUACAUUUAUGAAUAUUCCAUGGGACAAGAAGAACCAGCUGUACCGUUAAGAUGCACCCUUAUUGACGGUGCUGCUGAUACGGAAAUCUUCAGUUUUGCGUACGAUUCCCAGCGAAAUUACUUAAUGUUUGGAAUGGAAAACGGCAGUAUACGUGUGAACAAAAUAAACAAAGACAAUUGGCGAAAUCUAUCAGAUUAUUGGAUUCUCACGAUGCACGACAAUCAAUACAGUUACGUGCCGAAAAUGUGCUUCAGCUACGACGAAACGAUUUUCUUCAGCUGCGGUUACGACGGUAAUAUUUUCGCAUCGUAUUUUAACCACGAAUCCUACGAGGCCCCGCCGUUCGUCGAGCCCACAGUUCGUCAAGAGAUUCCCAUCAAAGUUCCCGACGUGGAUACAGACAUUAAAAACAGCUUGGAAGAAAUCAAAUACAAAGCUGAACAGGAUCGAAUCAACAAAUCGACCAAUGCUCACAAAGCGAGAGUUAGAGAGCAAAUUAAGGAGUUGAAGGACCGCUAUUUGAAAAUUCUAAAUCGAAAUAGCAAACUCCUACCCACGCAAAUCAUCCCUAGGGAAGACCUGGAACCCGACAAAAGAAUCUUGGAUUACGUUACUCAGAUGUUCGAUAAUAACAUAGUUGUGGUUAGGAAGAAGGCGGAUUACGAAUUGCAAAAAUCCGAAGUACUUAUGAAGAAACUCUUGAGAUACUUUACAGAUCCUGCCGAUAGGCUUCCUAUAAUCGUAAGAGGGAUAAAUAAACCUGAAUUGAUGAUGAUCAGCCUGAGGCAACGGUUGUUGUCCCCCAUGUUCCACGAAAUGAUGAAGUUGUGCGUUGAAAAACUCGAAGAGGAAAGAAUCAAAGGCAGGCCAGUGGAAAGAGCUCGCGAGCCUCCUAAACCGCCUCCCCUUAAAAUAGCCAAAUCAGUGCCAUUGGAAUAUUUUCUAUUGAGUUUGACGCCAUCUCAAAGACAACGAAAAAUGGGACCCAAACUAACGAGAAUGCUUCAGAAAUACAGAAUCAGAAGAGACAAGUGGGAACGACGUCAGGAAGAAUGGGAGGAAUUUUUGUCGAAAAAACCCGAUCCCAUGAAAAAUCACCCAGAAGAUGAAAAGUUUCUAGCCGAAGCCCUGCUAAAUAUCGGUGAUUAUAAACUCAAAGAAGCGGACGAUUAUAAAGCACCACCAGAAGAAAGAGAUACUACUGUUAAAAAAUACAAGCAAGUAUUAGAUACGCGACAAAAGCAAUUCGACUUAAGACACGCUCUAAUUGAGAAGGCUUAUCAAAUGCGAACAUUCAAAUAUGAAGUCAUAGCUCGCUUGAAGAAAUACGAAAACACUUUGAAGAAAAUACACGAGGAACUACCCGAGGAGCUACAUCAAUUCGGACCCGAAGUUCCUGAUGUGGAUCCCGAGGAAUUUCCCGAAGAAAAAUUGAGACCGGUCUUCGAUUUACCCGAAGAAAUCGACGAACUUCUAGAAGAGCAGGCUAGAUUGCCUCAUGUUCCUGAACCUACGCCUGAGGAUAAAAUCAGACAGAUAUUACCGGAGAGAGAGACAUACCCAGUAGAAGAAGGCGGCGUGUUCUUCUCAAAUUUCGAACCCGCCGAUCUUGCUGAUACUAUAGACGCUGAUUUGAAAGAUAUACUUAGAAGAUACAGCGACGAACGUACAGACAACCCAUUAGAAGCUGAAUUGAGAGCAAGAACUCUAACAAAGAAAUUGUUCAUACAGAGAACGACCAUCAUUAAAAUGAACGAAGAAAUCGACGGAUUCAACAGCAUACUGGAAGAAGCCAAAGACAUAGUUCCCACUCAACUGCAAGGCCUCUUCAUUGACUUGUACAUCUUGACCCUCAACCAGGAACUUAACAUACUGAAGAAAAUGGAAGACGGCGAGCAAACGUUGAUGACGAAAUGCAGCAAAAGCUUGCGGCUGGUGCACAACUUCGAGGACUACAUAGAUAUCGAGAAAAACAAAAAAAUCGAAAUCGAAAACGCCUUCGAGAAUAACUUCCUCGAAGAAUCGAAGAUUCAGGAGAAGUUCAAGCACGUUGCUGAGAACGAUAAGUUUUACGAUUUCUUGAGGAGAGUGUUCAGAAAGAAGUACAGACCGGCGAAAGUCACAACGGAUUCCGACAGCGAAUCCGAAUCCUCUUCCUCCAGUUCCGAAGAGUCAGUGGAAGAUGACGAUGCCAGCAGUAUCGAUUCCAAAGACUUAGGAAUUAUUAAACAAGAUGUGAACGUUUGUCCUAAAGGAUGUGAAGUUGCGAUAUUUAAUUUAACCGUGGAAUUACGUGGACAAAGACAUGAGAUAGAACAGAACAACAGGGAAUUAACCAGACAGCUCGAGAUUACAAACAAAAAUAUUGAUCUGGCCAGUAAAAAACUUCAUAUGCUCACAAACUAUCUCCAGAACAACUUACACGAUUUAGAAGUUUAUCAGAAAGAACGUCAGGAUUUAUUGAAUCAAAUAAAAUGCACUGUCGUUCUUAAUCUGGACCAAAUACAAAACUACAAUCCGGAAACCGACGAAAUUUCCAAUUUUUUGGUAUUCUCCAAAUCGAAACUAAGCCAAUUAUACAAGAGAGUCGGCGUUUUGGAAUACGAGAAUUUACAACAAAAAACCAAAUACGAAACCUACUUGAAACAUCUGACGCGAAUGAAACGAGACAUAACGUACAUGGACAAAAAAAUCAAGCACCUCCUGAGGAAGAUCCAGCUGUCGAUGUACGAAAAAUUCGGCAAGUCGGUCGAGCUGAAGGAGCUCGAAGAAGCCCUGGCGAAGAAAACCUUCAACAAAACGUACAUAAACGAAUUGGAAGAGGUCAUUUUGAAGAAGCUCGUCUACGAGAUUCGCGUCAAAAACACCAACGUCAAGGAAGUGUACGGAGCGCAAAUACAACAUAUCAACCAAAAAAUUCGCAACGCCCAAGACGCUCUCAUCAGGUGCGUGAAGGAAAACACCAAUCGCCUGGAGCUGCUGCAGGUGAUCAACAAGGAGAAGAAGGAAUUGGUCAAAGUGAUAUCGACGCAGCCGAAGCGACGGGAGCAAUUGGAGAAAGUGUUUCAAACCACUUCCGAAUACGAAAAGGACGUGAAGAAAUUGGAGACGAUCUUGGAAAAUCAGAACAGGACGCUGUUCGAACUCAAAGCCGAAAUCAAAAUGUUAAAAUCGAAAGGAAUGCCGCCGAAGGAAAAUUACGACGAAAUGAGAAAAAAGGAGGAAGAACUGGAGAAGCAGAAGAAAUUCAAAGAGGAUUCCGAAAACGAUUGGCCCGAAGAAGUCGAAAAUUAUAUAAAACAGCACGAAGACGAAUUGACUAGCGUGGAAUCGGUAGUAGAAGAAGAAGAAGAGAAAGUAAUCGAAGUGAUAGAAGCGAUGGACGAAAAAGAGGAACCACAGGUAGUUUUGCUGCAUGAAAGUACUUCACCUGAAUUUUAUUUAACGGAGAGCGAAGACAUCGUUAUGGACAUGCUGGACAAACUGAUGAGCGGUUUGAAAUUAAAAUCGCAGGUCGAAAUCGACAAGGCGAAUAUCGUAAAGAACAUAAUGCACAGCAUCAUGAAUUGCGUGUCGGUGAGCGAAAUCGUCAAGGAAAUUAUCGAGAAUCUUCCGUUCGACGUCACGCCCAAGCAAACAAGUAUCAUCGAAAAGUCGGCGGAGAAAAUUCAAGUGGUGCAAAGUCCCGAUAUGAGCGAAAUGAACAUUUUGAAGUACGCCAAGGACCUUCUGGAAGAAACGCUUGAGGAAAUACUGAGCACGAAAGCGGAUCCUUAUGAUAAUUUAAUGAAGUUAUUGGAGGAACUCGUGAGUACAGUACCGAAGGAAUUUUUGCUCGACGACCGAUCCAUCGAUUCAGUGGUUGACAAGGUUAAGAUAUACAUACAUAUUCAUGAGGUAGUGAUUGAUAUAUGGGUGGAGAAAGUAGAAAGUAUCGAAAGUCCUCUCAAAGAUGACGUAAUCGAAUUCCUAAAUAUCAUAUUAGAAAGAGUAUAUGGCACUGGAGUCGACUACUUUUAUAUCAUUAAUAAAAGAAAAGGGUAGAAUUUUGUUUAUGAUUUUUUAUACAUUUUUAUUGUAAUAAAUUUUUGCACGUUAUUUUUUUAUUUAAAAUUAAUGUUGUAUUACAGCAAUUUCA